AAAGAGACAAAACAGAUACCAGAAAAUCAGCAGAAAAAAAUCGACUUUGGAUUUCGAUGGUUCGUGGUCAUCGUCGUCGCAAGUGUCAAAUGAAAAAUUCUUAGGCGAAAUUUGAUCCGUGACAGGAGAAAAAAAUUGUGGAAACGUACCUUUCGCGAGCAGUUUUCCGUCGUACGGUUUUUGUCCGGUUGCGAUCACACGGUGUUUCGGAACGGAACGGGCCAGUGCAGUGUGUGUGUGGAAAAAUCUGUGAACGAGUUUAAAAUAAACAUUUUCCUUCCCCGUCGCCCAGUGCGUUUAUUGUUUUCGAUCGGUAGAAUUUUGUGACGACGCUUGUGUUUUCGAUUUAAUCGCGCACGUCGCGAAUUUCCCUUUCGAUUUACUGGCAUUAAUUAGUAAUUAGUCCACGUAUGGUGUUUAACAGUUCACCUGUCGGUCAGAGUGCAGUUUUGGCGUAAAUUUCGUUCGUGUAGGAAACUCGGUUUCUCGAAUCGAUUUUGUCAACAUUCGCCAAUUGUACCAGGGACGAACGUAGUAACAAAUUGGCAAGGUAAUCUGCUCUUAUCGAUUGCUGCUGGCUGCGCGGGGUGGAAUAAGGAAAAAAAAACGCAAUCAGAAGACAGUGUUUAACGAAUCGGGAUUAAUUUGGUUGAAAUCAAAUUGAUAAUCAAUCCUGCAGGCAGUACUGGAAGCUGGUAUGGCAGAACCGAGCGCAGCGCCGCCACUGGAUCCUGCCGGACCGGGUCCAGACAUCAAUCGAGCCAACAAUAAUGGCAAUGCUAACACAGGGGGACAGGGGGCCGCUCCUACUCCACCUCCCCAGCCGCCACUAAUGAACCCUGCUCCUAGAGUUCGAAAUAAUGCUCAGAAUCCUCUUAUAAAUGUUCGGGAUCGGUUGUUUCAUGCGUUGUUCUUCAAAACGGCGAUCGCCUAUGCGGCAAUGGUUCCUAAACCCAUUCGGCGGGCUAUCGAAUUGGUCAUGCUGCUGAAUGCGUUGACCGCCUUUUUUAUUCUGAUCUACAUCCAUAUUCAUUUCUCUCAAACUCCCACUACUUGCUUGGAGCACGUGAAGAACGACUGGCCACGGGAUGGAAUUUUACGUGUCGAAAUCCUGCGGCACAAUCCGACCGCAGCGAAUGCGGCUUCGUCGAAAGACAAAAAUCCGGACGGGGACGAAAGUGAGCUGAACAUGUUUGGAAAUACCCACAAAAACGGGAUGAUCAGUAUCGAUCCGUCGACUACGCUGCCCCACGAACAGGAACAGAAUCAAAAUCCGGAACUGCCGUUGCAGAGUUACGCCAACAGUAGCCCGUGGUCCAACGGGCAGCAAUCGAAGGAACUGAUGACAUCGGCGGACGUGUAUCAGCCGUCCAAAAUAGACCCGGCAGUUGGACCCGGAACGGACGACACCACCGUCCGGAAGGUGGAAGUUAAUAUGCCGAUUGUGAGUACGAAAUUUCCCGGACGGGAAGCUCCUAUGGAUGUUCACCGAAAAGAAGAUGUAGAAGAAGCAGAAGAAGAAGAAGAAGAGGAGCAGCUAUCGGAGAUGCAACGGCUGCAGAAAGAUUUCGGUGAAAAUGUCGUGGUCUAUACCAAUGAGACGAUUUUGAAAAAUCUGGAAAAAAUGAAAGAAGAAUUACCGGAAACAGAACUGCGAACGGACGUGCCGGAAAUGGAGAAGCUAAAAAAUGCCGUGUGGGCCGACGAGCAGUACAUUGUCGAAUACUCGCUGGAGUAUGGCUUCCUGCGGCUAUCGGCGGCUACCCGGCAACGGCUCAACAUCCCGGUCCACGUGGUCACGCUGGAUCCCCAGCAGGACAAGUGCUUCGGUGAUUCGUUCAGUCGCUUUAUCCUGAAGGAAUUUCUCGGCUAUGACGACAUUCUGAUGGCAUCGGUUAAAGUGCUGGCCGAACAGGAGGACAACAAGGGCUACCUGCGCAAUGUCGUCACCGGUGAGCACUACCGGUUCGUUUCGAUGUGGUGGAUGGCCCGCAGUUCCUACUUUGCGCCGUUUUUCAUCAUGAUUUUGUUUACCAUCUCGAUCUCGAUGCUGCUGCGGUACUCUCAUCAUCAGAUCUUCGUGUUCAUCGUGGACCUGCUUCAGAUGUUGGAAUUCAACAUUCCGGUUCGUUUUCCAGCGGCGCCACUGCUAACCGUCAUCCUGGCGCUGGUCGGCAUGGAAGCCAUCAUGUCGGAGUUCUUUAACGAUACGACAACCGCGUUCUACAUUAUCCUGGUGGUUUGGUUCGCCGAUCAGUACGAUGCCGUUUGCUGCCACACGUCUGUCACGAAACGACAUUGGUUAAGAUUCUUCUACUUGUACCAUUUUUCAUUUUAUGCAUAUCAUUACCGUUUCAACGGGCAGUACAGCAGCUUGUCAUUGUUCACGUCGUGGAUGUUUAUACUGCAUUCGAUGAUCUUCUUUUUCCACCACUACGAACUGCCGGUCAUAAUUCAACAGGCUCAGCUUCAGCAAAUUCUUCUGCAAACACGUGAUGGCCAAGUGCCGCCACCAAAUCAACCACCAACUCAACAGGCUAGACAGCAACAACAACAGCAGCAGCAGCAACAACAGCAACAACAACAGCAGCAAGGGCAAGCCCCACCGGGAGGAGCACCACCACGAGGUCAGAAUAGACCACCACAGCAACCGCUCCACCGACUGGCAGCAACCGUACUGGACGGAAUUAUCAAUGCCAUGUGGUUUCAACGUCGGAACAACGAUAACAAUAACAACAAUCGCAACAUCCUGAUCAGCAUACCGCGGUACUACAGAAUAUUGGCAAUGAAUGGGAAUAACAAUAACGACAACAACAAUGCAGCUCCGCCGCCGGCUUUUGGCAACACCGGAGUGAAUGCUACGGUGCGCAACAUAGCGCACAAUUUGGUGCAAAGUUUACGAACCAAUGUUGCCGCCGGUAUGGAACUGUUGGGAAACAUGAACAUCCCGAACAAUAACAUAUUCGCCCAGCGUCUCUGGUUCGGAUUCGGAACCGGUCAAAAUCGUCAGAUCGGCAUAAGAAUAAUUGGCCGGAUACAUCCGGCCGGAGUGCCGAACAACGAUCCGGCUGGCACCGUGACUAACCCGACGGGGGCCGGCCGAGCGGGCCCAGCUCCCAUGACGGCGGAAAACAUCGCCACCGUAUCGGCAGUGGACCCCCGGACCAACUAUCAGCGGAACUACGAAGCGAACAACUUUAUUUUUCCGGAAGCAGUACUUACCCAUCAUCAGCAGCAUCAGCAGCCGGAGCAAUCCGCCGUAUCCGCCAGUAUUUCCGCGGCAGAUAGCGGCCAGGAAAAAAUCUACAACAUUGAAAACGUAUCGCUGGAUAGCAGCAUGCCCGAUUCUAGUGAUAGCACUAGCAGUCACAACAACAGCAGCAUCAGAUCCGACAGGAGUCCUGUGGAUGUCGCUAGUAGUAUAGAUCCCAGCACCAGCACCGUCCUGAGGGGGCCGGACCGACAGCAGCCCGGUAGUGGUGCGUGUAGUAUAGAGGAGCCGUCCGGUACGGCCAUCAACAACACUACGGAACAGCAGCAGUACAGCAUUAGUAGAUCUCCCAGGGAUUUGGCAUCCGCAGAUUUCGUCGAUGAAGAAUCUUAAGCGACUUUUAUUAUUUUGUUCUUUUUUUCCGUGAGUUACUGUAUCUAUAUUUGCUUAUUUAUCUGUGAAUUUAUUUUAUCGAAGGAAGAUCACAGCGAAAUGUGCGAAACAUGAGGUGCAAUAGAACAGAAAUUCAAAACUGAAAAAAAACACGUAGAACAUAAUGUGUAAUUCUGUACAUACAAACAGACGAAGACGAUGGAGUAUUCGAGCAGUGACAGCAGCAGCAGCAGCUUCUGCCGGUUGCAGAACAUUUUUUCCAAUGUAUGGCGUUGGAGGUGUAGAGCAAAAUUAUUAUCGAAACAAAAUGUGUUUAAUUAAAGCAGUAUCGUUGAAUGACUUGUUUUAUCAAAAAA